AUGUUUAACUUUAACCCUGUAUCCCAGCAAGAAUCUCCUAGUGUCGAUAUGGGAUGUGUGCAGCAGCAACCCAUGACGACACCUUUGUUCAGUGAAGACAAUAUGAACCCCAUGUUGGAUCAGAGUUUGCAGACUAUGAAUUUCUUGGAUGCGUGGAGCAAGGUUCAAGGCUUUGCUUCGGCAGAUAGGAAGGAUCCGCCUGCUGCACUUAAUUUGGCAGCAGACACGCCAGCUUGUGCUAUGCCAUCUCCUCAAGACUCGCUUUACUCUCCGUUCUUGGAUUCUGCUACAUCGAUACUUUCAAGUGCAGAAACUUCGCCCACUACCCCUGCCCUAAAUACCAACUUUGUGCUGCAGCAGAAUUUGCUUGCUAACACUGGUCUGAUCCAGCCGGUAAUGCAGAUAUCGCCUAUGGCUGGUGAUCUGUAUACGGAUCCUACAAGUGCGACUUUUGGGUCAGAGCAGCUCACUAGUCCAUCUCCGUCUUUCAAUAUGGUUGAAAGUUUGAAAGUUCCACUUCAACAGCAGCCAGUCAUAUCAAGUCCGCAAAACACCACUUUUCCUAUGAAUACUUUCUUGCCUAAUGCCCAGAGCAACCCGAGUAAAAUGAUGGUUAUGCCUGAUUUGAAUUUCUGGUCUGAUUAUAGUUUGCUUGUUUAA